UCAAUACAUACAUGAAGCUUAUCACGUAUUAGUAUCACCCGUAUGGGACAGAUACAUGUUGGAUACGCAGAUACGGGUGAAGUAUGGGUGCAACCAUUGCAAGUAAGCGUAGAACUGUAGAAGUGGCAGAACCAAAGCCAGAGACGGACGUUUACGCAUCGCCAAUCGCAGCAGACCACUCCGCCCACUCGCAUCGCCUAUUCGCCGGACGACGGACGCCGCCUCUCCUCCGCUCGGACCGCUCCGCCGCUCGCCCAGCACAGUACGUUCCUUUGAGUUGACUGCUGACCUGUUGCCUUCUCCAGUUCUCUCGAGAUAUAGUAGGUGGAAAUGUUAGGUGGUUCUCAUGUUCAACUCAAGGCUUGGCAGCGGGCUGCUGUUGCAUUUGGUUCAGCAGUGGGGGCAUUGUUGGACCCACAAAGAGCUGACCUGAUUGCAGCUUUAGGGGAGACCACGGGAAAACCUGCUUUUGAGAGGGUCUUGCAAAGGAUGAAGAAUAGUCCUGAGGGGAGGGUAGUCUUAUCAGAGCGUCCUCGAGUAAUCUCUUCUCAGGUGGGCCGUGCAUGGGAACUACCAGACAACACAUUUGGAGCUGCAUAUGCCAAGUUCAUGGGAUCUAGAAACUUCUCCCCUGACGAUCGGCCGCCUGUUCGGUUCAUGGAACCAGAAGAAUUAGCUUAUGUGGUCAUGCGUGCCCGCGAGGUUCAUGACUUCUGGCACACCCUCUUCGGCCUUCCCACCAAUAUGAUUGGAGAAACGGCACUUAAGGUGAUAGAGUUUGAACAGAUGAUGCUCCCCAUGUGUAUGAUGUCUGUGGUGGGUGGUACAGCAAGAUUCACCGAGAGACAAAGGACACUGUUCUAUCAGCAUUACUUCCCUUGGGCACUCAAAGCUGGUUUGAGAUGCACCGACUUGAUGUGUGUGUAUUAUGAGCGGCACUUUGAUGAAGAUUUGGAGGAUGUUCGCAGAAGGCUGGGGAUUAUUCCAGCUCCACAACCAACUCAUUCAUGAAGUUUUGUGAAAGAAAUGAAAGUAAGAAAGUUCGGAUUGUCUUCAUCUCUUUUCCCCAUCCAUUCCCUUCAAAUAUAAUCUUCGGAUUGUCUUCAUUUCUUAUGGGGAAAAAUAAUUCAAAUAGCUUAAACUGUGGAGUGUGACUCUGGUACCCCAACUUGCAUAUAUAUAAGAUAAAUAUGAUUAAGUUUACAUUUACUUGAUAUCAACGUCACUACUCAUACUUUUUCCUUCUUUAAUAG